AACAUUUCAUCACUUCACGUUGCAGUGUAAUUAGAAUUGUUUUAUAAAUAGAAUAUCACAGUCAUUGAAAUGAACAUUAAAAACAUUAGUGCUCUGAUUGAAGCUCUGUUAUUAGAAGAACUUCCGGACUGCGACGAAGAUUCUGAUGCAGGCGUGUCCGAUGAUGAAGUUGAAAAUCUUCAAGUACCCUCACCAUGUGGCUUCGAUGAGGUUUUCGAAAAAGCUCUAGACAGUAUCUUUGCCGAAGUUCCGCCGUCGUCGCCGCCAAAUGAAAAUGUAAUGGAGUGCCCUAUAAAUCAGGAAUCCACAUCUAAAGUUCAGACUGAUCUUCUAUCUGCAAAUACGUCUUCACACCGAACUAACCAGCGAUUACACGAACCAAACCGUAAAUGGAAAAAGAGGAACCUAGACACAAUUUUACCAGAAUACAUUGCAGAUACUAAAGUUGUAGAAGACUGUUUUGCUCACUGUACAACACCAACUGAUAUAUUUUUAGUAUUGAUUGGAGAUAUUAUUGACAAUAUCGUAUACCAAAGUAACCAUUAUGCCACUCAGAAAGGCAAGGUAUUGAACCUGAAAAAGGAGGAACUUCUAACAUUUAUAGGUAUGAAUUUUUUUAUGGGUUACAAUACUCGUCCGGCGUGGAGAGACCAUUACUCUUCGGCACCUGAUCUCAACCGAUGGUUGAUUCGCUCAAUAAAAAAUUUCAAGAAGUGUAUCAUGGUACUCGCGAGCUGAGUGUAGAUGAGUCAAUGGCUAAAUUUAAAGGUAGGUCAGUCUUGAAACAAUAUCUACCUAUGAAGCCUAUAAAAAGGGGGUACAAGUUGUGGUAUCUUGCUGACCAGAGGGGUUAUAUAAAGAAGUUUCAAAUUUACCAAAGAAAAGACGAAGAACUGAACUCAAAAUUUACCGGCUAUGGCUUGGGAGAGAAAGUAGUCUUGGAGUUAACAGAACAAGAUUGGGGUAAAGGAAAGGUAGUUUACUUUGAUAAUUUUUUCUCGUCUGUUGCUUUGCUUGAGAAACUGAAAACUGAAAACACCUACGCAUGUGGAACUGUGCGAAGCAAUAGAAAAAAGGGGCGACAGUGAUCAUCGAUAAUUAAUACCUUUUAAUUUAAUAAUUAAUAAAUCAUGGUUGGAUCUCAUUGCUAUUAUCAUUUCUAUCGAAGUUUCUAACAUUGUGAUAACACAAAGUUCCUGUCGGUACUUUAAAGUCUAGGUCUUGGAAAUAGUACUUCUAGGUAAAAUAAAAAUCUAAAAAAAAUAUGUGCGUUUCCUGUUACCUACCUUAUUAUAAAAAUAAAGUUCAAAAGCGGAAAUUGGUUAAAAAACACUACCCCGGGGGGAAAG